UGGCAGCGUGGCGGCUGGCGCUGGGGAGGGGAUGGAGGGGAGGGGAGCCUUUUAAUGACUCAUUGAUUGAGCCGCUUUCAAAUUAGUUGUGUGCGCCGAGUGUGUGUGUGUAUGUGUGUGUGCGCGCCGAGUGUGUGUGUGUAUUCCGCCCCCCGGAGCCGCCCGGGGAGCCGCGGAGGAGGGAGCGGGGCUCGGCGAGGGGAGGACGGCGGCGCGGCGGGGCGGCGAGCAGGGGGCGAGGGAGGGCCUGGAGUGACGGCGGCCGGGCGAGAAAACUCAGCUUCUCCAAAUCUCCUCCCCUCGCCGCUCGAUCCGCACAGACCCCUCGGUCCCUUCUCUACCGCUCGCUGCCUCCGAGGCUCCCGGGUGGGGAGUCCGCCUUUCCGUGCUUCUCGGAAGGGGGGAAAAUGGAGCCCGCGUCGGCGGAGGAGACGGGAGGGAAGGCCCGGGUACUCGCUUAACGUUUUCACCCCGGCGGUUUCCUCUUGCCCGCCGCCGCACCCGCGCGUCCGGGGAGAGGCCGCGGCUGGGGCCUGGGCACCGCGAGGCCCGCCGGCUCCCUAGGCCUCAUCCCCGGCCUGGGCCGCGGAGCAGGCCGGGCCUGUCGUAGCCGUUGCCGGGCCAGACGCGAGGCCUUGCCGAGGAUCCGCGGCCCAGGCCGGGGACGAGCGAGCGUCCCCGCUGCAGGCUCGGCUCGCCGGUGCGGAGGCCACCCGCAAGGCCCCUGCCAGGCGGCGGGACGGAGGGCGGUGGCUGGCGGGGAGCGCUUUUUGUGCCUUGGUGAUCCUUUUAUUGUGUCUUGAUUUUUUUUUUAAUUUUGAUUUUUUUUUUUUGGUUUUGUUUUUUAGGGUUUUUUUUUUUUGUUUGUUUUUUUGCUUUUUUUAUCCCGGCCCAGAGGGCUUCCCAAGUCACCCCGAAAGCGGCUUCUGGGGGUGGGGGCGGCGGGCCGGAGGACGCUAAGAUGGCGCUCGGCCUGGCCUGUAGCCAGGGCUGGUGGCGCAGUUGCUCGGCGGCCGCCAUCUUCCCUCGCGGCCCGGGCGGCUCCCGGAGUCCGGGAGCCAGGAGCGGGCCGCCGGCUCCCGAGGAUGGAGCCGAGGCCGCGGAGACCCCCAGACCCAAAAGGCUGGCUCGCCGCGUUGGGGCUUGAAGGGGCUGAGGUGGUGACGGUUUGCUUUCGGUCGCUUGUCUCGGGCCGAAAAUAGUGGGAUGUGGUCGGGUUCCUUGGUUGAUGGCGUCCCUCCCUGCCUCCGCUCAUCCCCCCCGUGUUUUCCUCUUUGAUCUCGGGAUGGACGGCAUAGUCUUUCAGGCUCGGCCGAGGGCAAGACUUUGGGGACCCCCUUGCUUGGUUUUCCUGAUUCUUGGGGGUUAGAGCCCCAGCUGACAACGCUAAGGACAGGGUCGUUCUGCCUUCCCGGAACGUGCCCGGCCCAACUGUAAUUCAUUUAAACCGGUUGUAGUUAGUUGGUUGUUUUGUCAAACAGACCUGGAUCUGGUCCCCAGAAUGCAGGGACGAGACGGUUGCAAGUGACUUCUAGUUUGGGCCUUCAAUGGACUUCAUAGACUAUCUUAAUUAAAUCUCUGAUCGAAGAAACUCAGUUAAGCUUCAGAGUGUACUUUUUCAUUUUGUCUGGUUUUUUUUGGGGGGGGGGGAUGGGGGGAGUCCAGUCCAGGCAGGGUUUCUCUGUAUUGCUCUGGCUGUCCUGGAACUCAUUUUGAAGACCAGGCUGGCCUCGAACUCGGAAAUCCGCCUGCCUCUGCCUCCCAAGCACUAGGGAUUAAAGGUGUGCGCCACCACCGCCCGGCAUACUUUUUCAUUUUGUAAAAACCAAGUUUCCUUAUAUAGAUAAAUACCGGGCAGGUGUGUAGAGGUCUUAAAACGUUACAGGAGAGGAGGAAGGUCUGGGAAGCUCUGGAGGCACUGGGAGAUGGAAAUAGUUAAUUUUCUAGUGGUUAAAAGUCACAGUGUGUGGUGCUCUUUGUGUCUGAAUACAGUAGGUAGGCAGUGGAUGUUAGGGACUGCCAUACAUUGAACACUUCCAGAAAGUGUUUAGUGCUUUAAAUACUUGUGGCUUACUCAUGACAGACUGUUUUUAUUAAUCUAGUUCAGGCUAGUAGCCAUUUUAAGCAGCAAAAAUUGCAUUCCCCCACAAAGUUCCACACUGAAUCUGACCAUCAGAAUUAACUGGGAGGUGCUUUAAAAUACAGAUCUGCCAUCUCCAUUAUUUACCAAGAUGAGCUGUGGUCAGUUUUAGCGUGGCACUCCACCUCCAGGACUGAAAUUCCGGCCUCAUCAGGGAGAAGUUGGAAUGAGAGUCCAUUGUUUGAGAGCCCAUGGGGACAGCUAGUACUCUCGCCGAUUUAGAACUAGACUGUACUAGACUAGAACUUGAUGUGCGGGAGGGGGCAACAUCGGAUUUUCGGUCCAUAUUAUUUUGGUUUGAGUGACAGCUCAUUAUUUUUCCCUUUCUUCCUGCCAUGUAUUAAAGUCAUUUAAAGCUUUUUUUUUUUUUGUAGAGAAUUUAGAUAUCAUGAGAUUUUUAAAUCUUAGUACUGAGUCUGCUUCUGAGUGUUACUGGAGGGUUUUUUAAAUUACAUUUCCUUUCUACCACAUGGGUCCUGAGGAUUAAACUCGGGUCGUUGGGCUUACAGUGAAUCACCUUUCCCCUCGGCCAUCUCUGUGGCCCUAUUACUGGAGUACUUAGGGCAAAAGCCCUGGCUCUGGCCCUACCAACAGGCCAGACUCCACGCUGGUCUAGGUACACCAAUAAAAGAGGAGUAGGGGUGAAAAGCUGACACAUUGUGGCCUCAUUGAGACUAGGGACAGGUCAAGAGACUUAUCAAACCCUUCUUGCAGGCACUGACAUUACCCAGAAUUCCAUCCUCAGCGGGUUUUGAUGUUACACAGGAAAAAUGGCCAGGAAAGCAGGAGGUGGAGGUGGAAGGAAGGAGUCCGGUUCCCCGUGUAGUCUGGUUCCCGAGAAACUAGUGGCUUGUGCUCCAAGCAGCCACCUCAUCCCGGAUCCGGGCAGCCCCAGCCCUGCAGGCCCACAGCCCCUGGAGGCCCUUGCCACAGGGAUGUUAUCAGUCCUGUUUGUUCCUAGAAUUCAAGGUGACUCAAGAGGAAAGAUUAAGAUAGGACACCGAGCUAGAGAGAAAUCAGAUAGGCCAGUAACUGCCCGCCUUCAAGUCCAGCCAAGCCGAGUAGACAGGAUAGCUGUGUAGCUUAAAAGGUUUUCACUUGCAUGUGGACACAAAGCCCAAAAGCUUUUAAAACCGUGGUUUCUCUAAAAUAGUCUAGUUUAUAGGGAAAGAAUCAUUAAAAGUAGUGGUGAGUGGAAUUUAAAACAAGACAUCUGAACUCAUGGAAUUCACAGCCAGUGGGAGAAAACCUGUAAGCUGGAGGUUUCAUAUGAGUUGGGAGUAGCCCUUGCUGCCUAGUAAGUUUCUCCGAAGGCAUGAGCUGUGCUAGCCACCUCAGAAGCAGGGUUUGUCGUUCCAAGCCGCCUGUGUAGAGCAGACUGAAAGGGAGCGAAGGCUGCCGAGCUUCUCUGGAGCUGCUGUGAUUAGGCCACUUAGGGAAUUCUUAGAUUUGUCCUAAUUGCAGUGAGAAGCUAUGGUCUAAGGGAGUAGGGUGGGGAUUUGAACUCAGGGCUGCAAGCAUUGCUAACGAGCAAUCCACUGCGGAGGAUUUUUGUUUUGAAACUUCAGUAUCAUAGUCGUGCUUAAUUGCUUGGGCUCAAGUUUUGUGUUCAUGUGAUCCUCCUGCCUCAGUUUCCUAGUCCUAGGACUACCAGUGCAGAAGUGCUCAUGUUCUUUAUAGACGAUUUGACCGCUGUGUAAAAGGUAGGGAUUAGAAAGGUUUGCACUGUAGUCUGGUCCUGCAAGAGCGGAAGGAAUCAAGAAUGUCUUCUCAGCCGGGCGUGGUGGCGCACGCCUUUAAUCCCAGCACUCGGGAGGCAGAGGCAGGCAGAUUUCUGAGUUCGAGGCCAGCCUGGUCUACAAAGUGAGUUCCAGGACAGCCAGGGCUAUAAAGAGAAACCCUGUCUUGAAAAACCAAAAAAAAAAAAAAAAAAAAAAAAAAGAAUGCCUCUCAUUUAUGCUUCUCAUUUAUGGGCCAAGCUUUGAGUGGCUGACGGUGCCACUUAGAAUUUGGAGACGACCAGAAGAGGACUAGCUGGCAAGGGAUGGUGACAGGAUUCAUAUGCCACUUGUUGGGUACCAAAAUUGAGCUGUUAGAAGUCACUGGCUGGUGGGUGUGUCCUGGGAGCAGCCCAAGUCAUGUGAGAGCACAGAAGUGGACCAAGCUGUGCAAGGACAGUAGUGUGCCCAGUGGAAUGCUGAGGAGUUAGGCCGUGGCGGCAUGCCCACCCAUCUGACAAGCAGCUUCUCUGCCGUGUGAGUUGAAGGGCUGGGCUCAAAGAGUGGGGAGUAAAUACUGCAGCGGGGUUACAGCCUCAUUUUGAGUACUUGGUGUGGGGAGAGAAUGUGUGUGUGUAGGUCUGUCAAGUCUUUCAUCUUUAACAUGGUUCUGGAGAUCAAACCCAAGGCUUAGGCACUUUACCUCCAGAGCCAUUUUCCAACAUUUUCACAUGAGCUGAGAGUAUCUACCCAAGAGGGAGAGAUUAAUAAAACAGCAAGUCUGAUAAAGGGGCAGGAUUCUUGAGAAAGGACAAAGAAUUUCAGAUCUAAGAACAAGGUUUAUCAGGGUGGGAGGAGAGUGGAGUGAAGGCAGAAAAGAAGAGCAGGAGUUAGAGGGAGUGAAACCUCGGAGGCGGGGAUGGAGGGCAGGCUGUGGUGCUCUCACGCAUGGCCAGCAUCUUGCAGGAAGAACAGGUGGCGGCUGGUUUCAGAAGGAAGUUGUUGGUCAUCUCGGGCUGCAGGGCAAGUGGGACAUAAGACACCUGCAGGCUGCUGCCUGGAGCCCUGAGUCUGCGCACUGAGAGCUCUGUACUGCUGUGCUGUUUCCCAGCCCCAGUUUGACUUUUUGACCUUUGCACAGUUGCACUGGGGAGAGGGAGAGGUGUUGAGGGAAGAAAGUAUCCAAAGGAUGCCAGUGGAAAUGUAUAAAACCCUUAACCAGCUGGCUCCUCUUUGAGGCAGCUGGUAGUACUUUUUCUUAGGUUCGUGUCCCUUGAACUGGCUACAGAAUAACAGUAGAGGGAAAUUAGGGAAAAAGGGGGGGGGGCUGGUGAGAUGGCUCAGCAGGUUAAGAGCGCCAACUGCUCUUCUGAAGGUCCUGAGUUCAAAUCCCAGCAACCAUAUGAUGACUCACAACCAUCAGUAAUGAGAUCUGAUGCCCUCUUCUGGGGUGUGUGAAGACAGCUACAGUGUACUUACAUAUAAUAAAUCUUUAAAAAAAAAAGGGGGGGGUGGGGGAGGCUGGAGAGAUGGCUCAGCAGUUCCAAAGGUCCCGAGUUCAAAUCCCAGCAACCACAUGGUGGCUCACAACCAUCCGUAAUGAGAUCUGACGCCCUCUUCUGGUGCGUCUGAAGACAGCUACUGUGUACUUAGAUAUAAUAAUAAAUCUUUUUAAAAGAAAAGAAAAAAGGCAUUCAAAAUUGAUUACUGUAACUGGCUUAGAAGAUGCAGGGCCAUUUGUUAGGGAUGGAGGUUAAGAAGGCCUGAAUAUAGGGAGAAAGGAUGCAUUCCUGGGAGGUGUCUUAGUUGGAUGGAAAUAGUGGGGAAGAGAAACAGCCACUAAGCAGCAGCAUGUGGGAUGAGCAGAGCUCUCCCAGCAAGUAGUGUUAAUAAAGAUGCUUGAAGGAUGCCUUGGGAUGGGAUGCUGGGUGGGGCCGCUGGGUCUUUACUGUCCUCUCUCCCUUCCCUCCAGUGCUUCCAUUCAGGAAAGUCCCAAGGGCUCCCUUAGUCCUAGACACUCUUGAAAGGGUGUGACUUGUUUAAUUAUCAAUUUCUUAAUAAAGUUGUAAAUUGAACACUUCCUGUUCUUGUGGCUUCUUUGGCUCACUGGCUACAAACACAUCAAACACUGCGUUAGAAGAACCAAAGCUCUUAAGUCAGGAUAGGUGUUGCCUCUCAAAGUGGCUUAUUUCAGGUCCACCAAAUCCAACUUCCUUACAUCAUCAGGAGUUCAACUUUGUUCCUGGCUAGAAUGUAAACAUUUCACAAAUAUUAUUUGUCUCACUUUUAUCCUGCUUCACACCCUGAUGGCCUUUCAAUACAUGUUAAAGUCGGUGGGUACAGUGGCACACACCUUUAAUCCCAGCUCUCAGGGAGGCAGAAGCAAGAGGAUCUCUAUAUUUGAGGCCAGUGUGAACUACACUGGGUUCUAGGCCAAACUAGGCUACAUGGUGAGAUCCUGUCUGAAGAUAUUGCUGAAGGUCCAUCCCUAGUUUCUGUAUUAUGAAAAGAGUCAAUGACCUACCUAAGGUCCCUUGGGAAGAGUCCCUGAAUUAUUACAUUUUGGCAUUUAUACUAAACUGUUUAAUCUACAACUAGUACAGCUGUAUACAGCUGAGAUUUCUGAGGUCUAGCAAGUUAAAAUUGACCUUGACCAGGCAUGAUGGCACUUGUCCUGUGGUGCUGGCUGAAAAGACCCAGGGUCCGAGGCUGAAGUAAGGAUCACUUUAGGAGAGCGAGAGCUUGGACAACAGAGUUUUGGGGGUUGUUUUGUUUGGGGUAGAGGGAUCGAGACAGGGUUUCUCUGUGUGGCCCUGGCUGUCCUGGAACUCACUCUGUAGACGAGGCUGGCCUCGAACUCAGAAAUCCACCUGCUUCUGCCUCCCAAGUGCUAAAGGCGUGCACCACAACUGCCCAGCUGUUUUGGUUCUUUUUAAAAAAUAAAGUCAAGGCUGCUGGGGUGAGGAGGUUCAGUGGUGAAACGAGCGGCCAUGAACCUGACACCAGCCUCGACACAUGCCGGAGCAGACUCCUAUCUCCUCAGGACUAGGUUAUCCUCAGUGCUCCUAGGAAGGGGAGCUCCUGGCAGUAAGGUGAUUGGGAUACUAGGUGUCAUUCCGGGCCUGAGCUGACAGUUUAUCUGUGUUUGCUGGAGAGCAGGCCUGGGCCUCAGGCGUGAUUUUCACAUGUGCAUUCCCAGCCCUGUUUUGUUUUGAGACAAAGACUUACUCUGUUGCUCUGGCUGGCCUAGAACUCAUUUCAUACAAGAGGACUGGGCUCAAAAAAGUCCUCCUGCCUCAGCAUCCUGAAUGCUGGGAGUGCACUUAUGCCUGACUAAAAGUAUGUUUUUGUUUUUGUGGUUUUGCUUUGUUUUUUGAGAUCUUAUUUUUAUUUUGUGUGUCUAGAUGUUUUGCCUGCGUUUAUUUAUGUAUGUGCACCACAUGCAUGCAGUGCCCUCGGAGGCCAGAAGAGGACUUCGAAGACCCUUUGGAGUUGGAGUUACAGGCCUUUGAUUGCUACCAGGGUUUUGUCGUUUUGAUUUGAAGUUUAUUUUAGCUUGUUUUAGUUUUGUUUUUGAAACAGGGCUUCUUUGUUGUAGCCCUGACUGGCCUCAGACUUAGAAAUCUACCUGCCUUUGUCUGUGCUGGGAUUAAAGGCGUGCGCCACCCACUACCACCACCCAGCCUUACUUUUAGCUUUUAAUAUAAAGGAAGCAAACCAUAUAUUUUUUUCCUUUAUAAACUCUGAGAUUUCCUAGAAGUGCAGAUAAGUGUACUUAGAAGUAGGCUAAUCCUUACUGGUGUUUGUAUUCUGACUCCCUAGAUCUGUGAACAUUUGACUUUAGAAAUUGCAGAAGUCUGCCCAGGAUUCCUCUAGUUGUCAUGGAUGAUGACGAUGACUCCUGUCUCCUCGAUCUUAUUGGAGACCCACAAGCAUUGAACUAUUUUCUGCACGGACCUAGCAGUAAAUCGGGCAGCGAUGAUGUGACGAACGCAGGGUAUUCUGCAGCCAAUUCUAAUUCAAUUUUCGCCAACUCCACGAACGCUGACCCUAAAUCGGCCCUCAAAGGUGUGAGUGACCAGCUUGGGGAGGGGCCCAGUGAUGGGCUGCCGCUUGCAAGCAGCCUUCAGUUUCUUGAAGAUGAACUUGAGUCUUCACCUCUCCCCGAUCUCAGCGAGGACCAACCCUUUGACAUUCUUCAGAAAUCCUUGCAGGAGGCUAAUAUCACUGAACAGACAUUGGCAGAAGAGGCGUACCUGGAUGCCAGUAUAGGCUCAAGCCAACAGUUUGCACAAGCCCAGCUUCAUCCUUCUUCAUCAGCAUCCUUUACUCAGGCUUCUAAUGUUUCUAAUUACUCAGGUCAGACACUGCAGCCUAUCGGGGUGACUCACGUGCCUGUUGGAGCAUCGUUUGCAAGCAAUACAGUGGGUGUGCAGCAUGGCUUUAUGCAACACGUGGGGAUCAGUGUUCCCAGCCAGCAUUUGCCUAACAGCAGCCAGAUUAGUGGCUCCGGUCAGAUACAGUUAAUCGGGUCCUUCGGUAAUCAGCCUUCCAUGAUGACUAUAAAUAACCUCGAUGGCUCUCAAAUCAUACUGAAAGGCAGUGGGCAGCAAGCCCCAUCUAAUGUGAGUGGGGGGCUUCUGGUUCACAGACAGACUCCUAACGGCAACUCUCUGUUUGGGAACUCCACUUCCAGUCCUGUAGCACAGCCUGUCACCGUUCCAUUUAACAGCACAAAUUUCCAGGCAUCUUUACCCGUGCAUAACAUCAUUAUUCAAAGGGGUCUUGCACCAAAUUCAAAUAAAGUCCCAAUUAAUAUCCAGCCAAAGCCGGUCCAGAUGGGUCAGCAGAGCGCGUACAAUGUGAACAACCUUGGGAUCCAGCAGCACCAUGCCCAGCAGGGGAUCUCCUUCGCCCCCACAAGCUCGCCCCAGGGCUCCGUGGUUGGGCCGCACAUGUCUGUGAACAUUGUCAACCAACAGAACACGAGAAAGCCUGUCACCUCGCAGGCAGUGAGCGGCACAGGGGGCAGCAUCGUCAUCCAUUCCCCCAUGGGCCAGCCUCACACUCCCCAAAGUCAGUUCCUUAUACCCACAAGCCUUUCUGUCAGCUCCAACUCGGUGCACCAUGUCCAGGCUAUAAACGGGCAGCUGCUUCAGACUCAGCCCUCCCAGCUCAUCUCUGGCCAAGUGGCCUCUGAGCAUGUCAUGCUGAACAGGAAUUCCUCUAACAUGCUCAGGACCAACCAACCAUAUUCCGGACAGAUGCUUAAUAACCAGAAUACCGCCGUCCAGCUGGUGUCUGGGCAGACUUUUGCCACCUCUGGAAGUCCAGUGAUAGUCAACCACGCCUCUCCUCAGAUCGUCGGGGGACAGAUGCCCUUGCAGCAGGCCUCACCCACCGUGUUACACCUGUCACCUGGGCAGAGCAGUGUUUCCCAGGGAAGGCCAGGCUUCGCCACCAUGCCCGCGGUGAGCGGCAUGGCAGGACCCGCUCGGUUCCCCGCCGUCAGCUCAGCUAGCACUGCUCAUCCUACUCUUGGGCCUACGGUGCAGUCGGGGGCACCGGGAUCAAACUUUACGGGAGACCAGCUGACACAAGCCAACAGAACGCCAGCGCCCGUCAGUGUGUCCCACCGUCUUCCAGUCUCUGCUUCCAAAUCCCCCAGCACCUUGAGCAACACCCCGGGGACACAGCAGCAGUUCUUCUGUCAGGCUCAGAAGAAGUGUUUGAACCAGACCUCCCCCAUUCCCACAUCCAAGACCACAGACGGCUUGAGGCCAUCACAGAUCCCUGGGCUCUUGAGCACCGCACUGCCAGGACAGGAUUCUGGAAGCAAAAUUAUGCCAGCGACCUUGGGGGCCACACAGGCACAACCAGAAAGCUCAGUUGGAUCAUCCCCGAGCCAGACAGCUGUGCAGGUGGAUAGUCAUCCAGGACAGAAAAGGCCUGCUGCCAAACAGCUGACUAAAGGAGCUUUCAUCCUCCAGCAGUUACAGAGGGACCAAGCCCAUGCUGUGACACCCGACAAAAGCCAGUUCCGGUCACUAAAUGACACGGUGCAGAGACUGCUCUCCUACCACGUGUGCCAGGGCUCCAUGCCCACGGAGGAAGACCUGAGGCAAGUGGACAAUGAAUUUGAAGAGGUCGCCACUCAGCUCCUCAAAAGGACCCAAGCUAUGCUGAACAAAUACAGAUUCCUGCUCCUAGAAGACGCCAUGAGGAUCAACCCCUCUGCAGAGAUGGUGAUGAUUGACAGGAUGUUCAACCAGGAGGAAAGAGCUUCCCUGUCGAGGGACAAGCGUCUGGCGCUCGUAGAUCCUGAGGGUUUUCAGGCCGAUUUCUGUUGUUCCUUCAAACUUGACGAAGCUGUACCUGAGACCCCGCUUGACAGGAGUGACCAGCAUCGCAGCAAAACCAGCUCGCUCCAUCAGGUGCCCAGGGCCCAAAGCAGAGACCGAGCCAAGCCAGGCAUGGCAGAAGCAACGAAUCAUGACCAGUUUCAUCUAGUGCCUAACCACAUCGUGGUCUCUGCAGAGGGAAACAUUUCUAAAAAGUCAGAAGGCCACAGUAGAACACUGAAAUUUGACAGAGGGGUCUUAGGCCAAUACCGGGGUCCGCCUGAGGACAAGGGCGGCCGGAGGGACCCUGCCAAGGUCAGCAGGUGCUCUCCGGGCCCCGAGGGCCACCGCAAAAGCUUGCCCAGGCCAGAUCACGGCUCUGAGAGCAAGCUCCCCGGCGUCCUGGCCAGCUCGCACAUGGAGAUGCCCUGUCUCGACUCCUUCCAGGACAAAGCGCUGAGGAAUUCCCCAAAGAAUGAGGUUUUACACACAGACAUCAUGAAAGGGUCGGGUGAGCCCCAGCCAGAUCUCCAGCUCACCAAGAGCCUAGAGAAAACCUUUAAGAACAUCCUGGAACUCAAGAACUCGGGGCGGCCGCCAAGCGACCCUACGGCCAGCGGUGCGGCGGACCUGGACUUCCCCAGCUUUUCUCCAAUGGCUUCGCAGGAAAACUGCCUAGAAAAAUUCAUCCCGGACCACAGUGAAGGCGUUGUAGAAACGGACUCCAUUUUAGAAGCAGCUGUAAAUAGUAUUCUAGAGUGUUAAUAGCAGCCGUCCUCCUCCAGACCCUGCCCCGGACCAGUUACACUCUCUCCCAGCAAAGCAAAUGGAAACGGCUCCCGUCUGUCUCCAGCCUGCUUGGUCCUCCAUCACAGGUUAUCCUUUCUAAUCUCACCCUGUUCUUUUGAAGAGCAAUACAUGUCGUCAUGGCUGCGGGGAGACCCCUCAGUACACCCACCUCUCUCUAGAAAGCAGUCCGAUAGGCCCUCCACAUUUCAAGUGUUACGAAAGUGCUUACGGCCAUUGUUGUUCGUUAAUUUGUUUUGUGGUUUGUUUCUUAGCACUGUCGCUCAAGACCACAGUACACUUGGCCCUGGGUAAAAUUUUGACAAUCAUAAGUCAUUUCAAAAGAACAGACUUAUUAAAGAAAAAUCAAACAGGACUGAUUUAAAGACUUUCUCACUGCAGCUCCAAAGUAGUGGUUUGGUUUUGUUCUGUUCCAGGGGGAGAGGGUAUCUGCGUAGGGAAGACUCUCCCUGACCAGCCCGCUGAGUGGUGGGUAGCCGGUGCUCUGCCUGGAAGCCCACCGCCCUGGCUAAGACGCCAGGAGCACAGCCACAGAGCAUCCUCCUGACAUCCAGUGCUGUGCGAUGCUGCAAAAGCAAAGCCUUGUGUUUGUCUUCAACACAUUCGUGCUGAAUUCUGUCUGAGAAUGGUCUGUUCUUAGCCCCAGGUGUACGCCCUGAAAUUCUCACAGGCUCACUAGGGAACAGUGGAAGUCAGUUGUAAGGCAGCGAGUUGGGGAGGCACCGGGGUCUCCGUGUAUUCCAUCAACUUAAAAGAGGUUUGCAUUUUAUAAUUGGGUGAAGUCAACAUAACCUAUGUUCUUUAUUAUCGCUGAAUUCUGUUCCAUUCAACCUCGUUGUCCCCUUUCCCUCAGCCCUUAGCCAAGCAUCAAAAGGCUUUCACUUAAAAACUGUGUUGUACUCUUUCAGUUGAGGCUUUUGAACGGGACUCUGGCCUUGUUCGUGAGAAUAGUAGUCAACAGUAUCAGUCAUUCAUUCCCAAACACAGUAAACCAAAGGUCACAACCAGCAGGCCACUGAAGGAAGGAACCGAGGCAGGAGACAGGGGGCCAUGUCCUGGCCCCGCCCCCGCUGUGUGUGGUCCAGUUCACCAUAGCGAUCGAGCCUUCCUCUUUAUUAUUUUUGUUCCUUUCCGGGAGUGGCCCUCAUCCUUCCCUCUGUGCGGGCCUGCACCAGGGCGUGUUCUGUUGCUACUUGCUUCUUCCUGUGUGGUAAUGGCCCACAGUGCUGUGUCUGCAACCCUCCUCCCACGUCUCCAUCAACCUCUGGGAUCCAGAGGUAGCUUUGAUGCCUGUGAGGGCUUCCUCCCUCUGUUCAUCCCCAGGCUGUGUAAAUGCAUCCGUUGAUCUCCUCUGCUUCGUUAUACCCCCAAAAUGGAGUUGUCCCUAUGGUCAUCAUGUAGAGUGUUUCUUUUCCAGAUUGGCCUGCAAUGGAAAGGAAGGCUUUUGAUUUUGAUUUUUAUCUUUUUUUCACAUAACACAGCAACAAUCUAGGCAUGGUGGCAUACACCUGUAAUCCCAACAGUCAGGUGACUAAAGCAGGAGAGUCACUGGUUCAAGGCCAGCUUGGGCUAUAUAACACACCCCUGCCUCAAACACAGAAGGAGAGAAAUUUGAGCAAUAGCAGACUGUGUGGGCCUUUUUUACCCCUCUGUCCACUACACAAAAAAACUCUGUGAGACAGCCAGUCUUUGAGAGCGAUGGACCUUCUCCCGCCCACAGCCCAGCCAACCAAACUAGAAGAGUCUGGGCUGUCUUCGAGUUGUCCUUUUCUUCCUUCUCUGUGCCAAUGUCCAAGUUGCUGACUUCCUUCCUGUAUUAUAACACAUUAGAAAGAUGAGUUGUUUACCAGUUAGACCUCUGUCUGGGCUGCCCUGAUCUCUCUGUCACAGGCUCUUCUCAUAGCCACAUGGUUACCAUUCAAGAUGGCCCCUGGAUGCCUGCAGCACAUGGCUACUAAUGAAUUACUUUAAUUAUUGCAAAUCAGUGGAAUUCUCAAGAGACAAGAAAGUCUCGUGUAUAUUUGUUAUCUCUUCCCUCCCUCCCCAGCCCCGGCCCUGGCCCUAGUUUUCUCUCCUGUGUGUCAGGUUACAGGGCUUCUCACCAUGACAUUAGUCCCACACAAGGAGAGCCUACUGUACCAAAAUGAAACUUGUAAAUUUUUGUGUCCUUGUAUGUAAGUUUACUUUUUAUGGAGGAAAGACUCUAGAUAAUGACAAAUGAAGAUUACAAAGUGUAUUUUACUCCUGUGAUUAGGUUACACCACAUGGGUCAUAACUCACUCCCGAGCCCCCACUGCUGAAGGGAAGCGCUCUGCCUCAGUGGCCAACGUUGGUGGUUCAGGGUCAUUAGUCAGUUGAGUUCUAGAACGCGUGCUCAGUAACAAAAAAAAAAAAUCACCUUUUCUUCCCUUUGUUUUUAAUCCGUUUGUUGUUGUGGAAAAGUAUGAAUUUGUUAUUACGCAUUGAUUUUCUGUGUCCUUAAGUACUGCCUAAAGAUGAAGCAAAUUUUGAACUGGCAAUUACGAUAAGGAAACCCUUUAGUUCUGGAGACUUUAGUAGACUCUGUUAGAUUAGGGAGGCCUCACAGGCUGGCCGGCUCCAAGGACGGUCACUCACUGUCAGUGUGGCGUGGCUUUAUUUGCUUAAAUACCUUCAUUUGUAUAGUAUGUCUCACUUGAAAUUGCUUUGUAUACAUUUUGUAAAAAUAUUUAUAAAAUGUUUUGUAAAAAAAAAAAAAAGUAUAACAAAUUGCAGUUUAUUUUGUUAUGUUGGAUAAAUACUGUUAAACCAGUCAGUACCUAUAUUGUUAAUCCAUGGUUAGGGUAUGUUCAGUUGGAGAUUACAAAAUGAAACAAC